ACAGGGGACGUUCUUAAAAUGGGCGUUUGCCAAUGAAGUGAAGAAGACUUAAAUAAAAGUGUGUAUUUGCGUCCUUGCGUCAUAGAGAAAAACAGAGAAGAUACGGGCAAGGAGAAAUACAGGAGUGAAAUGAGCUGAAAAAGUUUGACCGACGAAAACGCCUUUAAAGUUUUGUUUUUUGUUUAGCUGAAGUUGUGUUCUCGCGUAGUUGACAAUGGGAUGUUGUGGCAGCACGGAGAGAAAACGUGAAUGGAAACCGCUGGAGGAGCGCCACUGCACGGAUAUCCCAUGGCUCAUCAUAUUCAUACUGUUUUGUAUUGGAAUGGCGUGUAUUUGUGGCUAUCCCGUCGCCACAGGAGCUGCCUCCAGGCUUAUCUCAGGAUAUGACAGUUAUGGCAACACCUGCGGUCAGAAUAACACCAAGAUCGAGGGAGUACCGCUCAGUGGCCAGGACAUGACAGCAAACAAGUAUGUUUUCUUUCUAGAUCCUUGCAACCUUGACCUCAUUAACAGGAGGAUCAAGUCCAUUGCCCUAUGUGUCUCCAAAUGCCCCACUACUGAACUGAAGACACACAGCGAUUUAAAGAAAUUUGCUCUGAGUAACGGCUCUCAUCUCUGCUCCUAUGAUAUUUCUGCUACAAGAUACACAAGCCAUUCAGAGAGAUUCACUAAAUGUCCCAAACUCCCUGUUUCACGAAGUAUGGCUGUCCCGCUGCUCCACCGCUGUAUUCCUGUGGAUAUCAGUUGCUAUGCUGAAUUUGCUCAGGCUUUCAUCACAUUCGUCAGUGACAACACUGUGCUGCGCCGGGUCAUUGCUGGGGUAAUGGCCAGCAAGGAGAUCAUCAUGGGCCUUUGUCUUCUGGCUUUAGUCCUGUCCCUGAUCAUGAUGGUCGUCAUUCGUUACAUCUCCAAAGUGCUGGUGUGGAUUCUAACGGUUCUGGUCAUCGUUGGCUCUAUAGGUGGGACAGGUGUCCUUUGGUGGCUGUACGCUGACCAUAGGAAUGCCAUGAUGAAUAACACCACAUCAGCUUUUGGGAAGGAAGUGGCUGCAGACAACGUCAAGGCCCUGAUGGUGUAUGCAAUUGGUGCUACGAUUUUCACGGUAGUUCUUCUCUUGGUGAUGUUCUUUAUGAGGAAACGUGUGGCCCUUACGAUCUCCUUGUUCCAUGUGGCGGGUAAAGUGUUCAUCCAUCUUCCCCUGCUGGCCCUACAGCCGUUCUGGACCUUCCUCUGCCUUAUGCUCUUCUGGGUCUACUGGAUCACUGUGCUUCUCUUCCUGGGGACUGCAGGGACACCGAUAAAGAACAACUCUACAGGCACGGUUGAAUAUCAAAUGCAGGGACCUCUUCAGUACUUGGUGUGGUAUCACGCUGUGGGUCUCAUCUGGAUCAGUGAGUUCAUUCUUGCCUUCCAGCAGAUGACCAUUGCUGGAGCUGUGGUCACCUACUAUUUCACAAGGAACAAGUCCCAGUUACCAGCGACUCCCAUCCUUUCUUCAAUGGCACGUACCAUCCGCUACCACCUGGGUACUCUGGCCAAAGGCUCCUUCAUCAUCACGCUUGUUAAGAUCCCUCGUCUCAUCCUAACGUACAUUCACAGCCAGCUCAAAGGAAAGGAAAACGCCUGUGCUCGCUGCAUGCUGAAAGCCUGUGUCUGCUGUUUGUGGUGUCUUGAGAAGUGUUUAGCGUACUUGAAUCAGAAUGCUUACACUGCGACAGCCAUCAACAGCACCAACUUCUGCACCUCAGCCCGCGACGCUUUCCUUAUCUUGGUGGAGAAUGCUCUCCGAGUGGCCGCCAUAAACACUGUGGGCGACUUUGUCCUCUUCUUGGGAAAGGUGCUUAUAGUCUCCUGUACAGCUUUUGCCGGCGUCCUGGCUCUGAACUACCAGAGGGACUACACAGUGUGGGUGCUGCCUCUCCUCAUCGUCUGUCUGUUUGCCUUCCUGGUGGCCCACUGCUUCCUUUCUGUGUUUGAGAAUGUGGUUGAUGUCCUCUUCCUCUGCUUUGCUGUGGACACAAAGUAUAAUGAUGGCAGUCCUGGACGGGAGUACUACAUGGACAAGGCCUUAAUGGAAUUUGUUGAGAACAGCAAAAAACUGGGUCGGUACAAGCCGGAUGAUGGAGAUGGACGGGAGAUGAAGUCCAUGGCACGUGGGGGGACUUUAGCUUGAUCAAGUGUCAGAAAGACUGCCAAAACCACUAAAAAUUCUCUAAAGAUUAACUCAGAGUUUACCAACACAUCUCACCAAGGACAUAAGUAAGAUAACGAUACCUUAUAUAUACCUUAUAUAAAGAAGCUUUACACUGUUUCAGUGAAAGAUGCAUUGAGUUGAAUUAUUUUUGACAAAGAGGGAUUGCAAUUUAAAGUUUGACACUAAUAGUUUUAUAGCAAAAACUCAUUUGGUUUUGUGUUUCAUUAUUAAGAUGGAUUUGAUAGUUUUAUCUUUUUUCUUUUAUUACUGAGUUUUCCCUUUUAUUACAUUUUAAACGAUAAUAUGUAUGAUUUAACAUGGUUUAACAUGUUGGCUUUUAGUUUUUUAUCAGUGUUAGCUGUGGUUUGAAAGGUUCAGUGUACAUUUUGACAUGGAUCGCUAACUGUGUUUUGUCAAAGGCUGUUCAAGUUGUUUCUUACUUAUUAAAUUUUAUACUUAAAUAAAACAAAUAAUUUUUAUUGUUUGACCUUUACCCCACAUUUAUAAAAGCCUGCAGAGAAUCGUUCAAA